AGAGAAUCCUCUUCUUCUCAUCCACACCCCUCUCUCUCUCUCUCUUUCUGAUAAUGAGUUUAUACUUUUAAACAACAGGGUCUAUAUUUUUGUUCAUAUUUGUGUGGCUAUCCUUGGAUUUUAUAUAUUAUUUAUUUCCUUGGUAAUAUUAUCAUAUACAUAUAUCUUAUGUAUCAAGCAUGGUUUUUCAAACCAUGAAGGAGAAAAAUACGGAUUGCGGCUACACCACCAUCUGCUUCACCUUCCACUUCUCUUUAUCAUAACUCCCUCCUACUUGUUUCUUCUGCUCUUUCAAAAAAAACAAAACUUGUCUCUUGGGUCAGUUCCAAACUAGUAACAAGUUUUCUAGUAGAGGUUUGUCCUUUGGAUCCCAGAAACCUUUCCAGCAUUUGAAAAACCAAGAUCUAUGGCCUAUACCACAACCUUAGGUUUCUAAAACUUGCAAGUUGCAAGUAUAUAUAUGGAGAUGAAGGGUUUUAUGUUCUACCAACAACAGCAACAGCAACAAAUAGUGGAGGAGAACAUGUCAAAUUUGACUUCUGCAUCUGGUGAAGCUAGUGCUUCCUCAGGUAACAGAACUGAAAUUGGAACCAGCUACAUGGCUCCACCACCAACUCAGAUUCAACCACCAAAGAAAAAAAGAAACCUCCCUGGCAAUCCAGACCCUGAUGCUGAGGUUAUAGCCUUGUCCCCCAAGAGUCUUCUUGCCACAAACAGGUUCAUUUGUGAGAUCUGCAACAAAGGAUUUCAAAGAGACCAGAACCUUCAGCUUCACAGAAGAGGGCACAAUUUGCCAUGGAAGCUGAAGCAGAGAACAAGCAAAGAGGUGAGGAAGAAGGUGUAUGUGUGUCCAGAGCCAAGUUGUGUGCAUCAUGACCCAUCAAGGGCCCUGGGGGACCUAACUGGGAUCAAGAAGCACUUCUGCAGAAAGCACGGUGAGAAGAAGUGGAAAUGUGACAAGUGCUCCAAGAAGUAUGCAGUUCAAUCAGAUUGGAAAGCUCACUCCAAAACCUGUGGCACUAGGGAGUACAGAUGUGACUGUGGAACCCUCUUCUCAAGGAGGGACAGUUUCAUAACCCACAGAGCUUUCUGUGAUGCAUUGGCAGAGGAGAGUGCAAGAGCCAUCGCAAACCCACUUCUUCCCCCACAACAACAACAAUCUUCUUCCUCUCACAUGAGUACUCUCCAAACCCAAUUCAACCCUCAAAACCUCCAUGCCUUCCCAUUGAAAAAAGAAAUGCCCCCUUGGCUUGGCCCACCAGCAACAGUAGUUGUUGAUCAUCAUCUGUCUUCAUCCUCAUCCAUAAUGUUCUCUCCUCCACACCAAGAAAACCCUAACCCUAGUCUUGGUCCCACUCUUGCUGCCUACCAAACAGUCCCUAAUCCACACAUGUCAGCCACUGCAUUGCUGCAGAAAGCAGCUCAGAUGGGUGCAACCAUGAGCAGAAGUGGUUCCACACCAGCCAUGACUGGGCCCCACCAUCAUGCUCACGUGUCUCAUUUUGGCUUGAACUUGUCCUCACGUGAAGACACCACCACCACCACCCCUUCAACAACAACUACUAAUGCUAACACUGCUACAGUGUUCAGCCAUGGCUUAUUAUCAUCAUCACCAUUGGGGAAUAAAGCUGCUGCUGCUGCUGCUGUGUCUUCUUCCGCACCAUCCCUUCUUCACGAUGUUAUCAACUCUUUCUCUUCUCCUUCUGCCUUUGAAGGAACCCCUUUUGAGGAUGCAUUCAUUCAGAGCUCAAAGAAACUAGAUGAUGAUCAUAACUUGUAUUUGCAUGACACAUUCUCAAAAACAAGUGGUGCAGCUGGGAAUAAUAUUAAUGAAGGGUUGACCAGAGAUUUCUUGGGUCUUAGGCCCCUCUCUCAUGCUGAUAUUCUCACCAUCGCUGGCAUUGGAAAUUGCAUCCAUGAUCAGCAGAACCAGUCUCAAAAGCCAUGGCAAGGUUAGCUAUAGCUAUGUAGCUCCAUAUAUAUAUGUGGAUCUUCUUUUUCAUCCUUUAAUUAAUCAUCUAUAUAUAUAAAUUUUUUCCCUUUUAAAUUAGUGUAACUUUUGUUUAUGAUCUUUUCGAUCUUCCCAAAGGGAAGGACCUCUCUGAAUCGAUCCCAAUGUUUUUAUUCCUUAUGUACUUAUCUACGAAUCGCAAUAUUGUGUUCAUUAUUACACAGAUGAAUUUUAUGUUAUAUAUAAGAAAA